AUGUCUUUAAACAAUAAUAUAAUUAAAAUAGCCGCGGAUCUGGACAGUAUGUCGGGAUCAAAUGCGUUCAUAUGCACACCUGAACAAUGCUCCUCGUAUUUAAAUAAAAAACGUUGUUACCUAAACGUUGUACAUUGGAAUAUUCGUAGCAUUGGACAUAAUUUCAAUGAGUUAAUAGUUUUACUUAGUAGAAUAGAUAUCUCAUGCGACGUCAUCAUACUUACUGAAUGUUGGCUGAGUAAAAAUUUGACGCUUCCUGUGUUGGACGGUUUUUGUUGUUAUUGUUCCAAUUCUAACAAUCAAAAUGAUGGUGUGGUGUUAUACGUUAGGAAAAAACUUGACUGCUGCGUUUGUAAUUAUACCUUAUCAGAUGCAAACUGUCUUAUUCUAAAAUAUAAAAGUGAGGUGGCGUUGAUAGCAAUAUACCGAUCACCCCAGACAAACAAUAUAGGUAAUUUCAUGAAAAGUCUAAAUGGGUUGCUACCGACUCUAUCCCAAUUUAGAUCACUAGCCUUAAUAGGAGAUAUGAACAUUAAUAUAAUUCCUGACCCGUCAAAUCGUAUAGAUGCUGACGACUACCUAGAACCGCUAGCGGCCUUCGGGCUUCUCCCCGCACAUCAAUUCCCAACUCGCGAGAAAACCUGCAUCGACCACGUCAUGUUAAGAACUAAAUCAGACUCCACCACCCUUGUACUUGAUAUUAGCUCUCCCCUUGACCAUGCCCCUAUCUUUUUUGGUACUGAUAUUCAGACAAAAACUACAAAGACAAAUGAAUCAAUUACUAAAAUAGAUAGACCAGCGAUUAUCAAUGAUAUAAAAAACACUGAUUUCUCGCCUGUCAUGAAAUCUACUGAUCCAAAUCAUGCAGCUGAGUUGUUGGUUGCAACCAUUUCUUCAAUUAUUCAGGAGAAUACUCAAAUUAUUAGAUUAGCCAGACGGAAAAGAACAAUAAAACCGUGGAUAACACCGGGUCUACUAAAAUGUAUCAGAAACCGUGAUAAACUUCACAAAAACUCAAAAAAAUAUCCAGAAAAUAUGACCUUACAUGUCACCUUCACAAGAUACCGUAACUUCUGUAACAAUCUUUUAAAGAGAAUAAAACGAGCUUAUGAGCAGAACGAGUUCGACAAAGCAAAAAAUAACCCUAAAGCGACAUGGGAACGCCAGAGCCUAUAA